AGACGCCAUCAGCAACAACUAUCAUACUUUAGGCUAGCUACAACCUACAUCUCUCUCCUAGUUAGUUAAAUAAUGUGUUGGAGUGCAUUAGUGGUAUCAAAUAGUCUUUGCAAUUCCAUGGUGAUUCAAUGUCCCGAGGGCAUUUCUCAGGUUCUCCCAAGUGGCUCCUCCUUGGUAUGUCUCUGACUGGAGUACUCCAUCCUUGCCUAAUAUCCAGGCCCGCAGCAAGUCAUCAGUGUAGACACUGAGGCUGGCUGAGUAUUCGUUAUGGACGGUGGCAUCAAAGAGCCCGAGUUCACUGAAGAGAUCCUUUACUUCAUCUUUCAUCAGGUGCUUCAAAAGCUUUUUGGCGUUGUGGACAUCUCUGUCAAUAUCUACAGAUGUAUGAUAAAUCGUGGCAUUGAACAAAAAAAACAAAAAAAAAAAAAAAAAAAAAAAAAAAACAAACCAACAAAAAAACCCAAAAAACAAAACCACCCAAAAAAAAAAAAAAAAAAAAAAAACAAACCCAAAAAAAACAACAAAAAAAAAAACAAAAAAAAAAAAAAAAAAAAAAAAAAAAAAAAAAAAAAAAAAAAAAAAAAAAAAAAAAAACAAACAAAAAAAAAAAAAAAAAAAAACAAAAAAAACCCAAAAAAAAAAAAAAAAAAA